AUGCCGCCGCCGCGCGCCUCCUUGGCCAUGUCGCCGCCGCGUGCCAAGUCAACGCCGGAGACCUGCGGGACCGGCCAGAUCAGGCACAGGCCGCGCCGCCUGAGACCAGCGGGGCCGGCGCUCCACCGUCGUGCGGGAGGCCAUGCUCCGGCAAGAGCCGCGCCGCCACGUGCCAUGGAGGGGCGCACUGCCCACCUCCGAUGCCCGCCUCCGCAGAGAGGCCGGCGACCUCCGCUGCCCGUCUCCGCGGCGAGGCCGGCUACCUCCGCUGCCCGCCUUCGCGGCGAGGCCGGCCACACCGCCACCACCUGCCGGCGCCGCCAUGGAUCGAUCCCGUCGCCCAUGUGGAGGCCCGCCUCCGCACUGAGGCCGGCCACACCGCCACCACCUCGAGGCUACGUCGCCAUGGACCGGCGCAUCGAGUUGCUCCCUGCGCCGCCCGUUCCAGCAACCUGGCCGGCGCUGUUCCUCAGGGUGGGCGCGGCCUCACCUCAGGGACCUGAUUGCUUUAAGUACAAGGGGAUUUAA